AUGGACAUCGCGUUCGCUCCCUGCGGACAUUAUUGGAGGGAGAUGAGGAAGAUCACAUCGGUUCAUCUCCUCAGCCUCAAGAAGAUCCAUGCCUUUCGUUCCAUCCGCUACGAGGAGGUCUCUUGUAUGAUCGACAAGAUUUCGAGCAUCUGUGACGGUGAGAGUGAAGGGGCUGUGAAUUUGAGUGAGAUGGCUCUCUCGCUAGGCAGCAAUUUGAUAUGCAGAAUCGCUUUUGGGAGAUGGUACGAAUAUAACGAAUCGAAGCCACAAAGGUUUGGUGAGAUUCUGAGAGAGGCUCAAGCUGUGAUGGCGUCUCUGUCUGUAUCGGAUUUCUUUCCUUCGUUGAGUUGGGUGGAUAGGCUCAAUGGAUAUGCAGAUUGGGUGGAGACGACUUACAAGAAUCUGGAUGAGUUCUAUCAAGAGCUCAUUGAUGAUCACCUUGAUCCGAACAUGAGGAAGGAGAAGGAGAAGCGGAAGGAGAAGGAUAUGGUUGAUGUAUUGCUACAGCUUAAAGAGGAGAAAUCUGUGUCUUUUCAUUUCAACUACAGGAAUGUCAAAGAGAAGUUGGAAUAG